AAUGAAUAUAUGGACUCUGUACUUGAAUAUAUUAGCAAUUCUACUCAAGGAUUCCAAGUUUAAUAGCUUAGUCAAGUUGCCUGGAUUCGAAAAAGUUGGUAGCCUACAAGAUGCCUGCUUUUGUAUAUGGAAUAAAGUAAAAGAAGGACAUGGAGGAAUACACUCUGUUGAUCCAGGAUUAGUUUCUACAAUGUAGGAUAAGUAUGGAUGUUAACCUGCAGCAAUACAGCUGUGCGAAAGUUGUGGCAGAGGAAUGGCUUUAUAGUCUCUCAGAUGCGAUUCUUGAUCAUAUAUCACAACAAAUCGAAAAUGACGAUGAUCGUAUAUCAUAUGCAUAUAAUAAGAUCGUUGAGCUAUAUAUCAUUCGUAUCCUACCUGGCCUGUAUGAUUUUGAAACUGCAGAGAGCUUUCUUGAAUAUAACUCGAUUCUAACUGGAACUAAACUGGAGUCGCUCAAAUUAUCUAUCAAGGAACAUAAAGAACUAUUAGAGACUCAAAAGAAAUUAAAAGAAGAAGAAGAAAGAACAAGGAUAGUAGCAUUAGAGAAUGAGAGAAAGGAAAAAGAGGAAGAAAAAAAGAAGAAAGAGAUAAAAGUGAAAGAGGUGGACUUUUUAGAGAAAGAGGGGGUUAAAGAAGAGAGUACUGUUGUUAAUAGCAGUAAAGAAAAUGAAACUAGCUCUAACAAUACAAUCGUCGACGGCAAGAUAGCUAUAAGUAAUGAAAGAGCAAGGCAGGUUAUUGUGAUCAAGCAUUGGAUAAAUCAGAUAUCAGCGAAAGGCAUUGCUUCCUAUACAGCCGCUCUAUUAUUUAUAUUUGCAUUUUUAACUCUUUUAAGAAAAAGGGGAAGACUGUCUCUUGUCUUGGAAAAACUUUGGCAGACCAUCAAAAUGGGUACCAAGGUUACUUAUAUGUAGAAAUAAAUCUUUAAGGACUCCCCUCGUUCACAUGUAAAAUGGUACAAAAUGGACAUUGAUAUUAAUAGCAUCAAGGGCUGAAGAUAAGAGUGUUAGUGUCAGACAUCAUCCCAUGCUCUACAUUAACUUGAGCAUACUUCAUUCCACCAAAUAGACGAAUUGUAAAACGUAUUAGAGGCAUGCUAUA